UCUUCUUUAUUAGUUUAUCUAUGGGUUAUCCUGAAAACAAAAAUUUAAUUUCCCUGCCACAUUUGAAUGAAAAAAUAUUGAAAACUGUUAAACGCAAUUAAAAUGGAUAUCGAAGAAAACAAAGUUCUACAAGAAGAACAAUUUAUCCUUCGCUUACCGUUGGAAGAGGCAAAGCGUAUUCGAGAAGUAUUACGCAAUAAACCCGAAAAAUUAAAGAAAUUGAUGAAAAUUUCGGUCGAUUUAAAUGAUAAUAAGGUUUUACUAAAUCUAGGGAAAAAUAAACUGUAUGGUUCCAUAAAAAAACUCCCAACUUUGAUCGAGUCUUAUAAAACUAAUAUUUGCAAUAACAAAUCUUUAUUAUACAAAACAGCCGACAUUUGUCAUAUCGUUGAAUGUGUUUAUGAAGAACGGGCGAAAGAAAAAAAUGAGACAAUACAUGGAAUCUGUCCUCCACUGAAGAAUGUCAAGAAAAAGAGAUUUAGGAAAACUCUAUUUAACAAAGAUUUUGCUGUAGAAGCUGAGAAAGUGUCCAAAGAAUUAUAUUAUUUGCUGAGUACUGAUCUAGAGGCUUGCUCUUCGAAAUUUGAAAUAAUAUAUGAAGGUGACCCAACUGAAAAAGCUAAAAAACAAUGUGAAAAAUCGUUAUUUGGACAACUGUCUAGUGAUUCAUCAGAGAGUGAAAAUAAUUCAAAUGAAUGAAUAGUUUUUUUUUUCAAUAUUUUGAUUAGGAGGCAGUGCUUCCUUGAAAUAUGCAAGUUUUAAUAUUGAACAUUUAAUGAAAAUUGUUAUAAUUCGAAUUAUUUUGAAUUUAUUUUCUUGACAAUAAAUACAGUUAAUGUCAACUACAUUAUAAAAUAUCAAAAAUGUUAAUAUUUAA